AUGCUGGAGACGAGCCAAUACAACAUGUCUCAAAACCUUUCACAAAACGACGUCGACAGGACGGGAUACCCGGAGAUGUGUGCUAAAGACAACAUCAUCCCCGCCCUUAUCGCAGCAGCAGCACAACAGUACGCUCCGAGCGCCUCGUCACCAUUAAACCCAACCUACUGCAGUGACAAGGAGCUUAGGAGACAGAACCGCCGUUCUACGAGACUCAGGCCGGUCAGGAGGAAGACCACCGAGACCCCCACGGAGCGACUUCUGCGUCGUAAGGCUGCCAUUGCGUAUGAGCGCUCGACAGCCUGCUCACCACCCCCCAAGGAAGCGAGCACGGUGAUCUGCACCAAGAUCUGCGAUUCAUCGGCAAAGGGGUCCAGCUUGGCCGUCACCACGGUGGAGACACCCCCGGAGACGCACACAGAGACCGGCACCAUGUUCCGGGUGGUCAAGGUCGGCGACGUUCGGCACGGCUGGCUUUCGGACGUGGAGAGGCAGGCGGCCAGUGACUUCUCCAUGCUCCAGCAGGAUUCAUCCGCCCGGCACCGGCUGCAAAUCGUCCUCAUCUUGAGCCUCUUGAGUGUCUGCUCAACGUUCCUCACCAUCGUCGGGUUCGAUUCACUAAGAGGUCACUACCUUGCUCGUCAGAUUUGA